AUGCCAACUGCCGCUAUGUGCGGCGUUAAUGCACGAAACAAUUAUAAUGUAGAUCAAAUCGCGGGGCGUUUUGUUUACAACGCAAACACGAUUUUAAAUAUAAAGGUCCGCUCGGCCGGCCUAGGCGUUAUUAGUCACUCGUUCGCGGCGACUGCUUGCAAACGCACGCGCGCGGUUAACAGACGCCCGAAAAACGCCCGAAAAACGCCCGUGAAACGCCGGACUGUGCGGCUCAGUGGACGGCAGCCAAAGUUUAAGUUUAUUUUAGUCCGGUUUGCGGAACACGGUUGCAAAAUGAAUUCCGGCUGGCUGGCGUGGGAGUGCAUCGUGUUCGCCAUCUUCAUCUUCGCGUCGUCCUGCGCGCCGCUGCUGAGCAGGCGGAAGGAUGCGAGCGCAGCCGGGGGCAGCGCUAAGCGGGCGUACAUCUUCGCCGGCGGUGGGGUCUCCACCCUCGCUAUGAUCCUCUCCGUCGCCAGAGGCACCCUCGGGGUGCGUUCCUUUCUGGGUUUCCCAUCGGAGCUGGUGUACUACGGGUCCGCCAUGUGGGAGACCCUGUACGGGAUCAUACUGGCCUUCCCGCUCGUGUGCUGGCUCUUCAUACCGGUGUACUAUCGACUGCACACAAACUCCGUGUACGAGUAUUUACAGAUGCGUUUCGGCUCCACUUGGGUCAGGCAGAUGGCGGCAGCGACCUUCCUGGUCCGGCAGACGCUGAACUUGGCGGUGACGGUGUACACGCCCACCGUCGCUUUGCACGCUGUACUCGCUCUGCCACACUGGGCGUCCGCAGCAGCGCUCACUGUGGUCGCCAUUGUGUUCAACCUGUUGGGGGGACUGGCCGCAGCCAUCAGAGCCGACGUAAUACAAACGCUGACUAUGGUGAUCGUAAGCGGUGCGUUUAUCGUCCAAUCAACUGUGAAAGCGGGAGGACCAGCUAAAGUCCUCACGGAUAACGUCGACGGCGGCAGACUACACUUUUUCAAGUUCACCGGCGAUCCGACUGUACGAGUGGACACCGCGUCGGCGCUAAUCGGCCAGCUGUUCAUGUCGGUCUCCAUCUACGGGUGCCAGCAGACCUUCGUGCAGAGGUACUGCUCGAUGUCCAGCGAGGCCAGGGUCCGGCGGACGCUGCUAGCCAACGUCCCCGCCGUGGCUCUCCUGUUCAGCCUGUCCUGGGUGGUCGGCAUGGGGCUGUACGCAGUGUACAGGUACUGCGAUCCCCUGCUCGCCGGCAGGAUCGCCGCCCCCGACGAGGUGCUCGCGUUCUACGUCCAGGACCAGUUCACGUUUCUGCCCGGCAUGCUGGGGCUGUUCCUGGGCAGCCUGUUCAACGGCGCGUUGAGUUUCCUUGUGUCCAACGUGAACUCGCUGGCUACUGUGACAUGGGAGGACUUUGUGUCUGCUGCACCCGUAUUUAAAGGAAUCAGCGAUAAGCAACAGCUCACUGUAAUCAAAGUCAUCGGUAUUGUAUAUGCGAUCCUUAUAAUGAGUCUAUCGCUGUGCGUGAGAAUGGUCGGCGGUGUGGUCGAAGGCUCCUUACUGGUGACGUCGGCCACCUCAGGGGCCCUGCUGGGCGUCUUUUUGCUGGCGGCGAUGUUCCCAGUCGCGAACGGCAAAGGCGCUCUCACUGGGAUGAUCGCUUCUCACUUCAUCACCACGUGGAUGGCGGCCGGCAGGCUUUUGUACGUCAACAGUAAAGUCGAGAGACUGCCGCUUUCUGUUGAGCAAUGCCCCAAUGCGACCAUAAGCGUGCUCACCCAAAAACCACUGCCGAUCGGUGUAAAUCAUACUUUGAUAGAAGUAUCGCCGUUGGUUCAGACUCCGGACGUCACCCAGUAUGCGCAACAGGACACGUUUUCUAUCAUUUCCGAUGGUCUUAUGAAGAUGUACUCGGUGUCGUACAUGUGGUACGCGGUGAUAGGCACAAUGACGUGCAUACUGUUCGGCAUCGUCGUCGGGAUGCUCACCGCCAGCGAGAAGGACGCUUUCGACGAAAGACUGCUGCAUCCUUUAGUGGCGAAGAUCGCCCGCAAGCUGCCGGGUCGCAAACGCACUUUCACCAGUGAUGUCCGCGAGAAAACGCCGGACGAAAAGGAGGUUUCGGACAGAACAGAAGAGACUGUAGCAGAAGAUAUGAAACCCGAUGUGCUUCCUGUAUUCACCACGAGCGGUAGCAGAAUAUUCGAGAGCUAUGAGAGCACUACGUCGCCGAUCAGGACAAGAUUG